GAGGCGCAGCCAUGGAGGAGGACUUCCAGUGGCCAGAAAGUUGCUGCCGAAUACUUUUCAAAGAGUCAGCGGAGCUAUAAAACAAAACAAAGACAGCAACCGCUUUGGUGAUUACUUUUCCAUCGAUGCAGGACUUUCACUUUUCACGUUUUCCCGAACAUUCGCAGCCCACUUUGAGCUAAAAAAGGAGACUCGUUUCAGCGCCCGUGUGUGUGUGUGUGUGUUUACCGCCGCCUCCUGCCGUGGAAAAGACAACACGGAGCUAGACCCACGGUACGGACAACAAAGGGGGGUGGGGGGGGACCAACAACCACCUUCACACCCGGCAUUUAGACGCGUUUACCGACUCGAGGAGCAGCAGGAGAACGGGGAAGGGGAGGGCGGCGGCGGUGGGGGCUUCUUGGCGAACAAAGAGGGACAACUCGGCCGGACUGAACACUGACGACCGCGCGGGCGACCGUUGCGAGAGCAGCAAUGGAGGAGGAGGGCUCGCUUGAGCCCAGCAGCACACUGGCGACGGUCUCGUUUGUGUCUUCGACGGGGUCCAUUUCAUAACAAGGCCGCUCGCCGCUAUCGAAACAUUUACACCCCCCCCCCCCCCGGUCUGUCUGCCUCCCCGGUCUCCUUCGCCCAUGCUGCAGCGGGGUUUCUAGUCGCGGUUGGGAACAUGAAGGCGGAUCUGCUCCUGCGGUUAUUGGCGACCCUGCUGCUCGCCUGCGGUUCGGCGGGGUCGUCCGACUGCAAGUCCUACGACGAGCCCCCGAAGGGCGGGAAGGGCGGCAAGAAAAGCCCGUCCACGGAGAGGAAAGUGGUCUGCAGCAACAUGGAGCUCCAUCAGGUGUUACCCGCGGACUCCUUCCCCAACAGGACGGUCACGCUAAUUCUGAACAACAAUAAAAUUCAAGAACUCAGAAAUGGCUCCUUCAUUGGAUUAUUUACACUUGAAAAAUUGGACCUGCGGAGUAACCUGAUCAGCCACAUUGAACCAGGCGCUUUCCUCGGAUUGCGAGCACUCAAAAAACUGGACUUGUCCAACAACAGCAUCGGCUGUCUCAAUGUGGACAUCUUCAAGGGCCUCACCAAUUUAAUCAGACUAAACCUUUCAGGGAACAUGUUCUCUUCAUUGUCUCAGGGGAUCUUAGACAGCUUGGUGUCUCUGAAGUCUUUGGAGUUUCAGACGCCUUACCUGCUGUGUGACUGCAACCUCCUGUGGCUGCUGCGUUGGAUCAAAGAGAGGAGCAUCACGGUCAAGAACACCAAGUGCUCCUUCCCCCAGUCUCUGCAGGGGCAGCUCAUUACCUCCAUCAAGCCAGAGCUCUUCACCUGUGAUGCUCCACUUGAGCUGCCCUCGUUCCAGCUGACUCCGUCCCAGCGCCAGGUAGUCUUUCAGGGGGACAGCUUGCCGUUCCAGUGUCAGGCCUCCUUUGUGGCUGAGGACAUGCAGGUGCUUUGGUACCAGAAUGGCCGCAUGGUCAAGUCGGACGCCGCCCAAGGCAUCUUCAUCGAGAAGCGCAUGGUGCAGAACUGCUCCCUCAUUGCUAGCGCCUUGACCAUCUCAAACAUCCAGCCUGGUUUCACCGGGAACUGGGAGUGCCGGGUCAGGACGAGCAGGGGCAACACCACCAGGACCGUCCACAUAGUUGUGUUGGAGAGCUCCGCUGAGUACUGUGCUCCGGAACGCGUCUCCAACAACAAGGGAGAGUUCAAGUGGCCGCGCACCCUGGCGGGGAUCAGGGCCUACCUGCCUUGCAACAGACUGCCGUCAAGCGCGGGAACCUACUCGGGUGGCGCGGGUGAAGAGCAGCGGGCGGGGCGCUUGUGCGAUCGCAAGGGUCUGUGGACGGAGGAGGACUACUCCCGCUGCCAGUACCAGAAAGAUGUCACCAGGUUUCUUUACGUCAUCAACCAGAUGCCUCUGAAUGAGAGCAACGUCGUGGCCAGGGCUCGACGCCUGCUGGUGUACACCAUCGACGCUGCCAACUUCUCGGACAAGAUGGACAUUAUCUUCGUGGCCGAGAUGAUUGAGAAGUUCGGCAAGUUUGUCGAGAAGUUUAAAGACCUCGGAGAGGUGAUGCUGAGCAUGGCCAGUAACCUGAUGCUGGCCGAUGAGCGGGUGCUCUGGAUGGCUCAGCGUGAAGCCAUGGCGUGCUCGCGCAUCAUCGCCUGCCUCCAAAAGAUAGCAGUCUACCGUCUGGCCACAGUACAAGUCUUCUCCCUGACGUCACCCAACGUAGCACUCGAGUCUCACGUUGUCCGUGCUAACGACUGGAACGGCAUGACCUGCAUGUUGUUCCAGAGGUCCAGUCCCGAGCGCACACAGGAACGCCAACUCGCCUUCAAAUGCAACACAACCAGCUCCUUCUCCAGCAUCCUUCACAAGAGCCCCAUUGUGGAGGCUUCCCUGCAGCUCCCCCAGUCCCUCUUCACCCAAGCGGCACUCCCCGGGCAGGCGGAGGACACGGUCUACAAGCUCCAUCUACUGGGCCUCCGCAAUGGCAAGUUUUUCCCCUCCACCAGCAACUCCACCCAGCUGGCAGAUGGCGGGAAGAGGAGGAGCGUUGCCGCCCCGGUCAUCAUGGCCAGGAUAGAGGGCAUGUCUCCACGUGUCCUGAGGUCGCCCGUCAACGUCACCCUGAGGCGGUUGGCCCGCGGCUCCGAUGCUGUGUCCGCGCGCUGGAACUUCAGCCUGGUGGGCGGCCACGGAGGAUGGCAAAGCGACGGCUGCAGCAUUGUAGGCCACAACGACAACUUCACCACCAUUUCCUGCAACUCUCUGGGGAACUAUGGCCUGCUGAUGGACCUCAGCAGUGUGGAGUACCUCUCUCCAAGCAUCCAGCCCCUGCACCCAGUCAUCUAUGCCACUACGAUCAUACUACUUAUUAGCCUGCUCACCAUAAUCAUCAGCUACAUCUAUCAUCACAGGUCCGUCCGUGUGAGCCGCAAGUUCUGGCACAUGUUGGUCAACCUUUGCUUCCACAUCUCUCUCACCUGCGGGGUCUUUGUAGGCGGCAUCAAUCAAACGCGACAUGCAAGCGUGUGCCAAGCAGUGGGCAUCUUGCUGCACUAUUCCACUCUGGCAACUGCUCUGUGGGUGGGUGUGACUGCACGCAACAUUUACAAACAGGUGACACGGAAGGCCAAACGCUACGAAGAGCUGGACGAACCUCCGCCCCCGCCCCGGCCUAUGCUCAGGUUCUACUUAAUCGGCGGAGGGAUACCCAUCAUUGUCUGUGGGAUCACUGCGGCAGCCAACAUCAAAAACUACGGCAGCCGGACGAAUGCACCAUAUUGCUGGAUGUCAUGGGAGCCCAGUAUCGGCGCCUUUUACGGUCCAGUGGGAUUCAUCGUCUUUGUGGAUUGCAUGUACUUCCUCAGCAUUCUGCUGCAGCUGCGCCGCCACCCCGAACGCCGCUACGAGCUCAAGGAGCCGAGCGAGGAGCAGCAGCAUCUGGCUCCGGCCAACGGGGAGGCCGGGUCAGAGGGUCCCGGCGGGCAAUGCGUCCCCCUCACCCUUCAGCUGCAGCCUCAGGGGGCUUCUCCCUGCUCGGCGUCCGCUGCCCACCCUGUGCCGCUGUCUGCCCUGGAGAACGAGCACACCUUCGCCGCCCAGCUCAUGGGGGCGGCGGGGGCGUUGGGGCUGUACGCGGCCCUCUGGGUGUUCGGGGCCAUGGCGGUAUCCCAGGACCACCCGUACGACUUGGCCUUCACCUGCCUGUUUGGGGUGGCCGCGCUGGCGCUGGGCGCGUUCAUGGUGGCGCAUCACUGUGUCAACAGGCAGGACAUGAGGCGCUAUUGGUCCCAGGCCUGUUGCUCUGGGAGACGGGCGUACUCGGCCCAAGAGGACGUCCUGCUGCCUCAGCCAGGCGUGGCCAUGACAUCCACCGCGGGAUCCGCCAGCAAGGCGGACGGGGAGUCAGUCAAGUGUGGCCACAGCAGCGCAGACUCCUCCUACACGAACAAGAGCGCACCGAGCGUGCGCAACUCCGCCCACGGCAGCAAGCUGACCAAUCUGCACGCCGAGGCAGCUCAGUGCAAGCCGGCUCCGGCGACGGCCAACGGCGGGGCCGUUUUGGACAACAGCCUGACGGAGCAUUCGCUAGACAACGAAAUCAAAAUGCACGUGGCACCGGUGGAGGUGCAGCUGCGCCCGGUGAGCAACAUCAUCAAUGCGGCGGCGGCGGCCACCACCAACGGGCACACGAGCCGGCAUCACAAAAACAGGGCACGGGCGCACAGGGCGAGCCGGCUGACCGUGUUGCGAGAGUACGCCUACGACGUCCCCACCAGCGUGGAGGGCAGCGUGCAGGGCAGCGCGCAGAGCGCCCCCCACAGGCGGCACCACCAUUACGACAUCGCGGCGCGCAAUAGCCGGCGGGCGGCAUACAUGGCCUACAGAGAGCGGCAUCAGAGCCAGCAGCAGCAGCAGGACAGCAGCGACGGCGCGAGCCUGCCGCGACGCUCCCGCCUCACGGAGAAAGGAGGCGCCGGCACCGCGGGGGACGGGCCGCCGGCGCCGGACGAGGCGGCGGGCGCGGUCACCGCCGCCGGGUCGUGCUCGAGUAAAGACUCUGGUCCCGUGCAGCAGACCGGCAGCACAGAACUACAGAGCCUACCCAAGUCGUACGGGCUCAACCUGGUCACCCAAACUGGCGGCGCGGUUAAAGAGAACGGACACGCGGGGCCUUUGAUCUCCCCCGAGAGUGCGGCCAGCGUGAAGACGGGGUUGUGGAAACACGAAACUACUGUGUAGCCAGCGUUUCUUUCCCAAAGGCCGCCUCGUGACGGACCGUCACCUCUUUUAAACUGUGAAAUCUCUUCUGCUUUUUUCCAAUUGUACGUUUAUUUUAUCAACAACCAAAUCAUUACUGCCACUGAACUGUCUUUGUCAAUGUUUUUUUUGUAAAUUGUCUAUUUUUAUAACUUUUUAGGAGUUCUGUGCGGUAUACAUGGUCCGAGCUGUGGCCCAGUGGAUGCCAUCACCAUGGGGACUGUUUUUCUCCCAUGUGCUAGUUUGUCCCAGCGAUAAUAAAACAAAAGUUCUGUGUACCUGA